UGGCUAUAUUUAAGAGGGAGUUAGAUGUGGCCCUUGUGGCUAAGGGGAUCAGAGGGUAUGGAGAGAAGGCAGGUACGGGAUACUGAGUUGGAUGAUCAGCCAUGAUCAUAUUGAAUGGCGGUGCAGGCUCGAAGGGCCGAAUGGCCUACUCCUGCACCUAAUUUCUAUGUUUCUAUGUUUCUAUCCGUGUUCUCUCGAGACGCUGUCUGAUCCGCUGAGUUACUCCAGCGCUCUGUGCCUUUUUUUGAUACUUUAAUAUGUUGCUAUUUUCUUCAUCGGGGAAGAGAGUUGCUAGCAUUUCCGGGAAACUUGGUGUGAAGCACAUUGUAUUCAGUGGACUGGAGAAUGUGACAAACCUGACCAAAGGCAAGCUGGAGGUGCCACAUUUUGAUGGGAAAGGAGAGAGAGAAGAUUAUUUCAGGGAACAUGGUGCUCCCAUGACAAGCAUUAGAAUAGCAGUUAAUUUUCUCAAUGUCUUUAAACCUGUUGAAACGGGCAAGGUUGACAGAAGAAGGGUUUCGGCCCGAAACGUUGCCUAUUUCCUUCGCUCCAUUGAUGCUGCCUCACCCACUGAGUUUCUCCAGCAUUUUUGUCUACCUUCGAUUUUCCAGCAUCUGCAGUUCCAUCUUAAUAUUGCGAUGGAGGGAGUUCCACUCGAAGGGGUGUCGGUCCGAGACGUGGGUGAGGUUGUGGGGGCCAUCUUGAAAAACCUCAAAGUGCAUGCUGGGAAAGAGACAGGCCUCAGUACUGACAAGCGUAUGGUUGUCAACAUACUGGGAAAACCAUCAAAGACUCCAAGGUUAGGUUGUGAAGAGGAUAACACAGCGAGGCCAAUGAGUGGAUUAUGCAAAACUGAAUUUUCUGGAGCACAAGAACUUGCCAGGAUGUUCCAGUUUGAUAUGAAACUACCCGAUCGCAACAAGGACCCAACAUUGAAGUUAAACCCAAAUGCUAAAUCCUUUGAUGAAUGGAUGUCAGAAAAGAAUGAUUAAACUAUUUUUAAUAUGCAAAAAUAGAAGUAAUAAAUCUCUUGGGC